GUCUAUACAACCCCCAAUAUUGAAACACUUCCCAUACCAGAGUGCACUGUUGGCAUCAUCGUUUUUCAAGCGGUCUGUUGCAACUUUAUCAGAGCUUGACUGAAGAGCUCCUUGCGGGAGUUGUUUUGUUUUCCGCCUUCUCCACCAAAGUUGUUAUCUUCUGCAAACGUGCGUGCAGGACGGGUGCAGCAGGUGUCGGAAACGUCCUGCCACCGCGAGGGGAGGUAUUGUUACGACUCGUGGCACUAUCACAACAUCCUCGGGCGAUAUCAUCAGGUAGCCAACGAUGUAGACUCUACUACUGCUUGUCGAAAUGAGUGGUCAGAAGAUGGUGAAAAUUCGAGGUUCCCGUAGUCGACAUGGGGUCGUUUGGCAUAAGAAGUCUCGUGCAGCGCGAGAACGAGAACUGGAUACUUGACGUCACAGUUUCCUGGGAACAACCUAAUGGAGUUGACCCCGAGGGCUACAUGGUACUUCUACAGGACCAGUAUGCUGACAUCACUGACGCGCAGACGGAUGAAGACUUCAUAGACGACUGGGACUUUGACUUUGACUUCGACUCGAUCGGGUCGUCCUCGGUCGGCGCAGGAGUUACGACGGCACGACAACGUCUGGAGGAUCGUGGAUUCGUCUUCGUCGAGAGUGAAUCCUACUCCGUCGGGGACUUAAAGUUUACGCGCGACUACGUGAUUGAGGUUGUGGUGUUGAACAACACAGACAGCGCGGGGCGAGGCGUUGUGCACAUAUUCACCACUCCAGACUGCUACUCGCGUACCCAAGACUUGGACUUCUGUCGUCAACAAGAUGUAGUGUUUGCCAGCCAGCCGGCCAACAUGUCCCUCCUCAAUGUCAGUGUGACGUGUGUUGAGGUUGUGGACGUCCAGGAUGACGACAAAUAUGACGAGAAUGGGGGAGGCAAGGUGAACAAAACCGUCGCCAUGGCAACCGCGUGGAUUUCCUGGGUCCGUCCCGUUCAGCAAGGUGGUGACAUCGUCCUUUACCUCAUCCGCCUGACGGAGCAUGACGGGAAGAAUGUGCACUAUGGUGUGUUUGACAAGACCGUGGCUGAGGAUUCGAACAGAAAUCCACUCGUUCCCAUCCUGUACGUCAUUGACCAAGUCAAGCUGAACCAGACCUACACCUUAAAGGUGACGCCGUGGGUGAACAAGACAGGUGACUUCAGUCCCUACGGAAUGGCGGGACAGCUCACCUUUCACACCAACAACCUCUCAGCAGAACGCUGUUUCCCCCAAACUGGGACCCAGGUUACCGCCAGCGCGGUCUCUGGCACACCUGCCACCACACCUGUCACCACACCUGGCGCCAUCUUCACGUUCUGUUGUCUCUUCAUCAUCCUCAGUCUGCCGCUGGUGGACCUCAAAGUCGCCUGUUUGCUUUAGAUAUUAUAUUUAUUUGUGCAAAUAUAUCUUUUCUCGUAAGGCCUAGGACAUAUAAUUUCCACGUUUCCAUCCUGAAUCAGUAGGGAGGGAUUCUCUUGAUUUUUCUAGAUCUUACCCUGGGAACCAGACUUUUAGCCAGGAAAUCUGUUCGGCAGCUAAGGCAGGUCUUCCCGAGAACCUUAGAUAAGCACACCGGGGAUUUGUCAUGCAGGGAGAGUUUGCCGGCAUAGUUUGUCGGAUCACUUCGAUAUAGGCCGACGUUAUUUAACAACUACAAUUUGAAAGUGAACUGCAUGAAAACGCUGAUAUUUUCAGCAUCAUACUUUAGUUGUACAGAUGUACAUCGUACAAUAUUCUGUUGUAAUGGAGAUGAGGGGAAGAUGUUGGAAAAUGAUUCUACAACUUUUUCAUCACUCAUAUUUUAGAUCGAAAAUCUUCUGUCCCUUGCCAGCUGUCGACUCAAUAAAAAAGGCAAGGGAUCGCAAGUUUUUGCUUGGCACGGCAAUUCCAAACAUUCAUUUUCUUAGGCCUAAGCAUCAAUAUGUUGUCUGUAACGUCUUGUGCGCUUGCAUAAAGAACUGAAGUCGUACUGAUCGCGUGUCUUUGUCAACCCAAGAAGACAUAGAUGAAGUACGACGCUCCAUGGUCAUGAAACUAAGUAGCUUAAACUAAGACCUGGUAUUUCCGAGGGAUUAAAAAUGAAUGUGAUAGCUGGUCAAUGUUAUUUGUGUUCGUACACUUCGAUGUAAAGAAUUGAACUUUUUUCGUGUCAAACCCAGUGGGUUGUUGUUAUUUGAAGACUAAUAUCCAUAUCAGGAUAUGUAUUGAUAGUUGCACAUCAUGUGUGGGUGAACCAGAAUGUGUAGUGUUGAAAACGCAUGCAGAUGUGCCGAAAUAAAACAUAGACUCAGCAGAAGGUAAAGAUA